AUGUUUCAGCUGCAAGAAGUUCACGAGCAGGAGCCGGUCGGGACGCCGGAAAUGCUCGCCAACCGACUGAUGGCGAGGACCGGCGACUUGGAGAAGGCCGGACGGCCCGAUAACCAGAUCAGACGACGGCACCCCGCCGAUCUCCAGGCGCAAAUCGGGCCGGGGCGCAGUCGGAUCGCGAGUGGUCCCAUCCGAAUGACCUGGGUUCGGUUCAUGACCACCUGCAAGCUAUUAGUCCGCCAGAUUUCUCGAUUGGCAAAGCUCGAAAUGUUACUCGCUGCUGUCCCGGCCGGGAUUUCGCGU